UCUAGCGUCAUGGAAAUAGUUACUUUUACAGAACGUAUAGGAACAACCUCCAAGAAGUAGUCUAUGCUUUGCUUUAAUCGCAGACCCUAAUAAUUUGCUAAUAAUGCUUAAUCUUUUUUGUAUUAAAGGAAACAGAUCAAGAUAGACAAGAACCUGUUUAGCGGGGAAGUGGAGCAAGUCCAAGGAAUGUCGAUCAAGACCAGAAUGCACUAGUCUGAGAUAUCAUUACUCAUCUCACUCGGCGCUGAAUGGUUUCUUCCACCCGGGGCACUUUGUCUUUGUGCUGGAAACAAAAUAUUUUGAUGAUGUUUGACCAGGUCGGUGGGAUGUACAGCAAGUCUGUGUUCGAGGACUUUAUCACACGCAAGGAUAACAAUCAAACUAUUCUUCAGGAUUACAACGAAUAGACGAAUGUUUGCAAUUGCUUCUUGGUGAAAACGAGUUUUCGGGUGAACCGGUAUGUCAUUGCUGGGGUGAUGCAUGGACUGAGGAGUUGCAAGUUGCGAUAGCCCACAAGUUUAAUUGCAGUUUCAAGUAUCUAAGGUAAAGCUUGGAUAUCCUCAAUAAAAACAAAAAAAAACGUUAAGGCUAAUGGGACAUAAGGCUAUCGAUAGGAAUAUGGUAUUGAUGUAGUAGGCAGUUGGUGCAUGGCAUGUGGUAUUAAGCAAUUUAUCCAGUUUGCAAUUGAUAUUUGCAGUAAGAAUACCAAAGUAAAUAGCCCAUAUUCCUUGUUAAUAAUUGUAUGUGUACAGGAAUGGAUUCGCACAACCACUGAAAACCAUUUGCAAUUCGAUGUUACUGGUUUUGUAUGCAGUCCACAGGCCUACUAAAAAGAUUGACAAGAUUCUUGGCACAGUAUAGAAAACAACCCCAACACUUGUGUAAUCGAGUCAUAGAUAUACCCAGCUUGAUACUGCACUAGCUGUUUUUUUAGGGAGUUAAACCAGUUAUAGCACUAAGGUUAUUAUCGUGUUAUAGUGCAUGAGCACAGACCAGUGUUUAUGCCAUUUGACAGUUGUUGUGGCGUUCCGUUCCAGCACAAUACCAUUAGAUUUACAUAACUCUUUCACACCAUCUCUUAUUGAUUCAAACAAGUGUUGAUGACUACAGUUGAAAUGAGCUGAAAUAGUAGGGCUAUAGUUCAACAAUCUAGACAUCACCUAUUUGUGUGUUAAAAUGGUGUGCUCAAGGGUAGCAGCAUCACAAUGAUUUUAGGCAGCGUGUGCAUAUGAUUUUCAUCAGAGAGUCAAAAUGUCGAUGAAAGGCAAGGCACUCUACACUUUCCAAAGUGAAAACAAAGAGGAGAUCAGCAUACAGGAGAAUGAGGAACUGGUUAUCUUUGACGAUAACUCUGUAGAUGGCUGGUUACAAGGGGAGAACAGUAAAGGACAGAGAGGUCUCUUCCCGGCCUCUUACGUGGAAGUAAUCCGCCCUCGUUCCAACUCCAACCUGACAGACUGCUCCAUAAGCCCGGUGGGUUCUCCAGGCAAUGACUCCUCAUAUUUCCCCUCCGCCCCAAACACGCCCUUUCACAUGCAACAAGGUUACUAUGACGACGAUGAUGAUGACUGGGAUGAUUGGGAUGACAGUUCCACAGUGGUGGACGAUGAUGGCCGCAGUGGCGCAAAUGGACAUUCCCAUCAGAGCCCCCACUCCAACAACCCCAAUGUCCACUAUCGAGCCAAACCUUACAUGGAGAGGCAGGACAGCAUCUCCAGCUCGCGGAAGGGGAGUAUGGUGGGCAGGAACUUGAACCGUUUCUCUAGCUUUGUCCGCUCAGGGGUGGAAGCUUUUGUGUUGGGCGAUGUGCCCAUGAACGCUAAGAUAGCGGAGUCGUACACCAUUGAGAUGGGCCCCAAAGGGCCUCAAUGGAAAGAAAGCCCCACACCUUUCUCUUGCUCCAUCGAGGACCCUACCAAGCAGACCAAGUUCAAAGGCAUCAAGACCUACAUAUCGUACCGAGUGACCCCAAGCCACAAUGCGAGGCCUGUGUACCGGCGUUACAAGCACUUCGACUGGUUGUACAACCGUCUACUGCACAAGUUCACCGUCAUCUCCGUGCCCCACCUGCCCGAGAAACAGGCAACAGGGCGCUUCGAAGAGGACUUCAUCGAGAAGCGCAAGAGGCGGCUGAUCCUCUGGAUGGACCACAUGACUAGCCACCCGGUCCUGUCGCAGUACGAGGGCUUCGAGCACUUCCUCAUGUGCGCCGACGACAAGCAGUGGAAGCUGGGCAAAAGGCGGGCAGAGAAGGACGAGAUGAUGGGCGCCAACUUUAUGCUCACCUUCCAGAUCCCAAAUGAGCACCAGGACCUGCAGGACGUGGAGGAACGUGUGGACUCCUUCAAGUCCUUCGCCAAGAAAAUGGAUGACAGCGUCAUGCAGCUUACACAUGUGGCCUCAGAACUGGUGCGGAAGCACCUCGGAGGCUUCCGGAAGGAAUUUCAGCGGCUGGGGAAUGCCUUCCAGAACGUCAGUCAGGCUUUCAUGCUGGACCCUCCCCACUGCUCGGACGGCCUCAACACCGCCAUCUCCCACACGGGACGUACUUACGAAAACAUUGGGGAAAUGUUUGCGGAGCAACCCAAGUAUGACCUCUUCCACAUGCUGGACAAACUGUCACUCUACCAGGGCCUACUCGCCAACUUCCCGGACAUUAUUCAUCUACAGAAAGGUGCGUUUGCCAAGGUCAAAGAGAGUCAGCGGAUGAGCGACGAAGGGAAAAUGGACCAGGAAGAGGCAGACGGAGUGCGUAAACGCUGCCGGACAGUGGGAUUUGCUCUACAGGCUGAGAUGAACCACUUCCACCAGCGCCGCGAGGUGGACUUCAAGGAGAUGAUGCAGGCCUACAUCAAACAGCAGAUCGCCUUCUACCAGCGCGUGGGCCAACAGCUGGAGCGUACCCUGCACAUGUACGACAACCUGUAGAGGCUGGGCUUGUCAUCAGCCCUGACGUUAUCCUUUUGAUCCGAAAUGGCCGCCAAGUUCAACGGGGCCUCUUCAGGGGUUGUCAAAAAUCCUAUUGGAAACCGAGACAUCCCACUGGACACACACUGGUUGUUUAAAUGUAAUUUGUCAAUGUAUUGUGACGUGGAAAAUACAUUGGAUUUGAACAAAGUUUACAUCAUUGAAAUUAGGGUAAAACUUCAACUUAACUACAGAGACUUAACCUGAUUAACAGGUUGUUACAUCAGUCUAAUUUCAACAUAAUCAUCAUAACAAUUAAAUACGUGGAAAUUGCGUUGAAAAUUCCACGUAGAAAUGUAAAAAAUCUUCAACUUUGGGUGGUUGAAAUGAAGUUUAAUUUCAUAUUUGAUUAGACAUAUGUUAUUUGAACUUGUGUCAAUGCUGAUAGUAAAAUUGUAUGUUUGAAUCAACAUCAUUGUUUCAACGUCAUGCCAUCAACCUAAAUAGAUGUAUAUUGAAAUAAAAUAGUAAGCCCCAUCCAACGAUUCCUGCCUGAACAUUGACACCUACAGAGAGGUAAUGCACUUCAGUGAAACAAGUCUACCAUACAGAUAGAUGCCUUCCUCUAUGUACACUGCUUAGCUUGAGAAACAAGCAGUGUUCAAUUCAGCGGACCUAUCAUGUCAACACAGUUAGACAUUGGUCAGCUUCCAUACACUUUUGAAUAGUUGAAAGUAACUCCUCUAACUUUUCUUCCACUUGCUGCAUGUGAAAGUAAGUUUGGAGUGAGGUUGGGUUUAUUAUGUAAGCUACAUUGACAUCUGAUUUUCCCAAAGACUACCAUCAUUUCAACGCUAGGUAUACUGUCAUUCAACUAUGGCUGAUUGGAUCUUUAGUAGUAUAGAAGUAGUUACCAUUAGCUUUAUAAUUAGGAUGCUGAAUUUACCUCUUCAUGAUGACAUGAAGUUGAAACUGACGUUGAUUCAAAUAUACAAUUUGACUAGGUUAAACUAAAUAUGUCUCAUCAAAUAUAAAAUUCUACCCUUAAGAAAGCUACCCUUAAGAAAAAUAUAGUUUACUUAACUAAGGUUACUUUGAAAAAGUAGUUCAAUAUAUCCGAAGCACAUAAUUCAGAAACAUUAUUGUAUGUAAAUUUGAAAUGUCAUAGACUACAAAUUGCAAGAACAGUUCACUUUGGGGUCAUACAUUAAUGGAAUAUGUCAUUUUAAUCGAAUAUGUAAGUUUCAAGUGAGAAUUUGGCAGGUCUGAUGCCGAAAACCCCCCAAAAUAUUUCCUACUUCACCCAUAUAUAUAUAUAUAUUUUUUUUUUGACUAGUUCAACUACCAGCUAGCUUCUUCAAAUGUAGUUAAAUUACUAGUUGAACUUCAUGUAGUUCGCUACUCCCCAACACAAAAUGUCAACCAGUUCCAUACACUUAGUGUACAAAACAUUAAGAACACCUGGUCUUUCCAUUACAUAGACUGACCAGGUGAAAGCUAUGAUCACUUGUUCACUCCACUUCAAUCAGUGUAAAUGAAGGGGAGGAGACAAGUUAAAAAAU